ACACAGUCUACACGCCCAUAUGAAGUGUGUUCUGAAAAAACGUUUGUGGCUGAAUAUUAUUUUUCUAAGUGCGCUAAUACCGAGUAUCUGUGGACAAUCGGAGAAGGAACGGUUCUUCCAGUGCUAUCAGUCGCGUUUGGUGGGGCAGACGGAUUGCUCGCCCCAGGCCGAGUUCUAUGUAUUCAACAAGGAUCCCAAACAUAGACGCUGCGAGCAUGUCAAUGGGCGCUGCUACCAAUUUCGAACCGUUUUCAAGACCGCGAGAGACUGUGAGAUUAUGUGUCGGCCAUACAUAAUGACCAAAUCGGUGGGGCGCACUCCCUCGCCAAUUGCCACGACGAAAUCCGCGGCCGCCAUAACCACCCCGAAAUCGACAGACUUUGAGGUCAUCACCUAGAUUUUACGCACAACAUCACCUCCAUUAAAGCCGCCAAGGCAACAACAAUGCAA